AUGAAGGGUAGCGAUAGCUUGCGACGGGUUAACCGUCCCGCUGCCAAUUUCGACCUACCACCAGCAGCUCAGGCUCAGGCACAGGCCCAAGCUCAGGCUCAUGCUCAGGCGCAACAGCAGCAGGCUCUUCGGUCUCAAUCUCAGCCUCAAGAGCCCAUCUUGGGAUCUAUAACCUCGACAAGCCCAGAAAUCACCACUUCCUCGCUCCAUUCUCAGCCUCAAUCUCAGUCUCUCUCGACCGCCAGGUUCCGUUCCUCUUCGAGACCCAGUCUUCAGGACCUAGUCCCUGUCGCCGGGACUCCAAAGCCAAACGUCUACGACCAACCUCCAGCCUAUGCCCUGUCGUCCUCAUCCUCCUUGACGGGGCCGUCCUCUUUUUCCUAUCCUCCAGCGCAUCCAACUGCUGGCGCCGCAGCGAUACAUACCCAUACAACCCAUACACAUCCGCAUACGCACACACACACUGCCCUGGCGGCUGUCAAUCGACCCCGGCCUCUGGGCCCAUCCUCCUCCGACAUAGCGACUGCAGAGCAGGCUCACUUCCUCCACUCUGUCUCAUCUGCCUCGAGCUUACGUCCAAGGUCUUCCACCACUAGCGCCACUGCUGCUGCUCCUGCUGCUCUCUGCCCGUCUCCAUCGCAUAAUACACCGAAUUCUCUUCUUCGACAACACACCUCGCCGCCGUCUACCGUCGACAACAACUCUGCCCACUUUGUUCCUCGAGGCGGGUUUCCCCCCGCGUCGUCCAUCAUGUAUCCGGCAGGCCAGAGACAUGUCUCGGGCGCCGAUCCCACACGACCAUUCCAGGUCCCUCCGCCGCCGCCGCCGCCCAUGGGAGCUCCGAAUGCCGGCCAAAUGG